AGAAAAUUGCGAGUAAUAACAUUGUUUCAGUAUAUCAAUAAAAAUUCUAGGAUUUUUAUCCUAUUCUUGUAAUAAAUAUAUAUAAAAUUGUUGAUGCUUGUUUUGAAUUGGAAACCGCCAUAUUGGAUCUGCUGGCGUGAAAAAUGAAAAUUCGCUCAGAUUGAAAGUGGAAAUACAGGUCCAGUGAUUGAUUAAAACUUUACAAUGUGGGGUGGAGGACAGCAACAGCCCUGGGCACAAUGGCCAUUACAGCAACAACACUUCGCAAAUACUCCACAUGACCAAGUUGAUUGGGCUAGUCUUGCAAAGCAAUGGAUACAGCAUCGUGAUGUCCCUGAACAAGCACCUCACCCUACGGGACAUGGUCCUCCCAUAGGCCAGGGUCCCCCUCCUCCCCCACCCCCUAAGGAUGGGGAUGUCAAUGGUGCCCCAGCUCCCCCAGCGGUGAAUCCAGAGGAUCAUAUACGUGCCAUGGCAACAGGCAACUGGGGUCAGCAGCAAUGGGGGGCGCAGCAAGGGGGAUGGGGCUGGCCUCCUCCUCAACAGCCACCACAGCAACCCCCAUCCGCUGAGAGCUUUGAUUAUGGCCAUGGGUACCAGGCCUUUGAUUACAACCAUGGCGGUGGUGAGGGAAAGUCUGAUGGUGUUGAUAAACCUGGAAUACAUGCAGAUUACAACCACCAGACUGCUCCAGAUCUCUGGGAUUCCGAACCAAUUGCUGAUAAUUCUGACUUCCACCGCCCUGGGCCCCCAGUCCAUCAUGCAGUCAUGCAUCAUGGAAUGGCAGCUGGAGAAGAUGAUGGUCCAGUGCCUCCAAUAAUGGAUGCAGCUAAGCGUAAAUCUUUGCCACUUUGGAUCAGACAGGGUUUAGAAAAAAUGGAGCAGGAAAAGGAGAAAAAAGCGGAGAAAGAAAAAUUAAGGAAAGAGCAAGAGGCGGAGAAACUUAAACGUGAACAGGAAGAGGCUGAACAACAGAAGUUAGAAGAUGAGAAGAACAGUGGGGAGGCUAGGGUCCCAAGAAAGAGCAGAUUUGACUCUGAUGGUGAGAGUAGUGACAAAGAGGCUGAUGGGGACAUUGAAGAGGGAGACAAAAAAUCUUUGCAGAAACGAGAACGUUCAGCUACCCCUGAGUCUGAGGAAGAGAAAACUGAGGAAGA